AUGACCAUCGAAGACACGGCUUGGGUCGUUUGCGUGGUGAGCUUGCCGAAGCCUGCCGGCGCAUUCAUCACGGCCAAUGCCAACGCUGUGCUCCAGCUGCGUGGUUCCAGCGUGAAGCAGCAGAAGGUCAGGCUUGACCACUAUGCACGGUCGAUGGUGCUUGUGAGCGAUGGCAAGCGCCUGCUAGUGGGAACGAGCCGUGGUCGCAUCCACGCCUUCGAUGUGACCCCACAGGGGCUCGAAAGGCUCGAGAGCCAACAGAUUGGGAACACCGCCCUGACCUGUUUGACGCUGGCGCCCUGUGCGGAUGCCCCGCCGUUGCUGGCGGCCAACUGCAUGGCCCAAAACAAUGCCAUGGACAACACAGUCUGCAUCCUCCAGGCAAACAAGACCAUCACGAACUUCACGGUGCUCAAGCGCUUCGCCAACCCUCACAGGCUGCUACCACUUCGGUCAUGCCACGUCCCUGGUUGCGCCGAAACGGGCGAGGACGUCCUGAGCGCGGGCUUCCUGGCCACGGGGGCAGAAGAUGGUUUCGUGCGCGUGUUCGAUUUAGAGGGCUUCACAGAGCAGACGCUUCAAGGGCACAGCGUCCCGGUGGUGGACGUCGCCGUUUCCCGAGGCGUUGGGCUUUUGGCCUCUGGGGACGUGCACGGGAAGAUCAACCUGUGGCGACGUGGCGGACGGUUCAGCAUCCAUACUUCCAACGGUUUGCACUAG